ACUUUUAUUUGACAUGACAUAUUACAUACACAAAGCAUGUCUAUGCUACGUAUAGAAUAACGUCUGAUGUCAACUACAAAACGACUAUAAAUAUUAUUUCGGCACAGUUUACACUAUAAUAAUAUUAGAAUGUGAAUGAUGAACCGCAGCGCUCAUGUCACUGUCUCUUUAAGACGGCCGCCAUCGCUUGUGUUCUGUCGAGCCAGCGCCAUUUUUUCAACGCAAGACUCGGCCUGCAUAAAUUAUGUUCAUGACGUAGUGCAAAAGAGCAAAUUUGUGUUAAUUUUGGGGGACUUUUCUGUAGAUACACGUUCUCUUUAGAUAAUAAGGUGCACUUACCUUACUGGCACAACAGUUAACGCAAAUACGUCACUAAGCGUUUAGGAAAAGAGCAGCAGCGCUCUCCCGAGCCUCCUUAUCAAUGCAAAUAGCUCUUUUGUGUGUGCAUCCGUAUCGCGCGCCUGGAAGCUGUGAGAUGAAUUUUUAAUUAUGCAUGUUUAAAACAAACUGUGGCAAAGCUCGCGAAGGAGAAGAAAUCAAGAAAGCAGCCCACCUUUCACCGGGUGAUACCGUGGCGCUGUAUCACUAUGCAGAAUCAUUGAUCAUUGUGGAACAAAGACAUCACCAUGGACACGGAGGAUCUCCCAGCAAACAAUGCUCCUCUUACUGUCAAUGAACAGGUAUUCAUAACCAAUACAAACAUCUAUCAUCUCUUUUCAUACAUAAAGAUAACACACGUGACUGUUUCAUCACAUCAUGUCCAGCCAUCCCACCUCUGAGUGAGCCUCAUUCCCCCUGUGCGUGGUUUGCGUUCACUCGUGAGCACAAGCAAUUCCCUUCUGGUAGCGAGGGGUUUGUUGAAAGCAUUGCUUAUGCUAUUGGCUCUUGUUUGUUGGCUGAACUCAUGUUACCCGUGUGUCUUUGUUUGGUUGAUUCUUUGUGUCCUAAUGUGUGCUUGGCAUCUCUGUUCUCUUUAGCCAUUCAAUGUCUGACAGCAGAAGUAUUUUCUCAGAUUUUAGGUUCCUGCACUUUGAAAUUCCCAUCACAAGACGACCAGGUCAUCGUCAUGUCAGGUCAGGAGACCAUCCGUGUGUUGGAGGUGGAGGUGGAUGCAGUCUUGUCCUCUUCGGGGGUUGAUGGAAAGGCGGGUGAGGAAGGGUGCGCUCAGACCCUGGAGGCAGUUGAGGAUGCUCCAUUGGAAAGUCCAGAAACCACAAGCACAACCGCAGCUGUAACUGUGGACGUCUUGGCACCUGCGGCCCAGACUGUGACCCCCAAAGUCUCCAUCAGUGUGUCCCAGCCACAGACCAACGUGCCCAUCACUGUUCAGGCCUGCCCACAGGUUCUGACUCAGGAUAGUUUGGCCUCUCUGAUGACUGGCAUGCUAGCACAACAGAGUUCUCUUGGUCAGCCGCUGCUCAUUCCUCUGAGCAUGGCCGGAUCUGUUGGGGGUCAGGGUGGUCUUGCGGUGUUCACGUUACCGACUGCUACCUUGGCCACCCUCCCUGGCCUUACUGCUGCCAGCCCUGCCGGAGGACUUCUGAAGCUCCCGUUCGCUGGGCUGCAAGCUGCAACCGUGUUGAACCCUGCGCAGGCUGUCCUGCAGCCUCAGAUGUCUGCUCUGCAGUCAGUGCAGGGGGCCAUGCAGCCAUCGCAGACCGUGUCAACCACUGCUGCAUCUGCUGUGCAGAAAGUGUCAGAACCCAGCAUCUCGAUUGCAGCACUUCAGGCUGCAGGCCUGUCCAUCAAUCCAGCUUUUAUAAGCGCUGCAUCGCUGGGCGGGCAGCCUCAGUUCAUCAGUUCUCUUACUACAACUCCCAUCAUCACCAAUGCCAUGUCUAACAUGGCUGGACUCACAAGUCAGAUCAUUACCAACGCACAGGGCCAGGUGAUCGGAACGCUACCUCUUCUGGUUAAUCCAGCUUCACUGGCCGGAGGUCAGGCUCAAGGUCUGCAGCUCCAAACUGUAUCCCCACAGCUGCUCCUCAACCACCAGGGUCAGAUCAUCGCUACUAUAGGGAACGGCCUAACAGCCGCUGCCCCGUCCGCUGCUUCUGUCCUCCCCAAAGCCACUGUGCCCCUGACACUCACCAAGACCACCACACAGGGUCCUGUUGGGAAAGUAACUCAGUCUAAAGUGAUCAUUGCUCCUCAGCCCACAGCGGGGAAAGCAGUCACGGCUCUCUCCUCUCCUGGUGCCAUCGCAUGCGUGGACAUGCCAACCGUGGGCCAACUUGUCAGCAAGCCGCAGUCUGGUGUAAAUGAAGAAGAGGCCAUUAAUCUGGAGGAGAUCCGCGAAUUUGCCAAAAAUUUUAAGAUUCGACGGCUGUCUCUGGGUCUGACACAGACUCAAGUGGGUCAGGCUCUAACUGCUACGGAGGGACCCGCCUACAGUCAGUCAGCCAUCUGCAGGUUUGAGAAGCUUGACAUCACUCCAAAAAGUGCACAGAAGCUGAAACCCGUCCUGGAGCGCUGGCUGAAUGAAGCUGAGCUCUGGAAUCAGAAGGGUCAGCAGAACCUGAUGGAGUUUGUGGGCGGCGAACCAUCCAAGAAGCGUAAACGGAGAACCAGUUUCACGCCACAGGCCAUCGAGGUCCUCAACACGUACUUUGAUAAAAACUCUCUUCCCACCGGACAGGAAAUCACAGAGAUCGCCAAAGAGCUGAAUUACGAUCGAGAGGUGGUCCGUGUCUGGUUUUGUAACCGACGGCAGACUCUAAAAAACACAAGCAAGAUCAAUGCGUUUCAGGCCCACUAGGAUGAUGAAGCAUCUGAACGAACUUUCUGUAGGUUUGGUGUACGAUAACUGGUUGGAAUUUUGGUGCUUGUUACAAAAUGACUGAAUUGACUGAUUUUGAGAUGAACCGACGGCUCCUACGUUGGAAUAAUAUCUAACAUACAUUAUUUUUGUUGUUCUUUUUUCCUUUUGUUGUGCUGCAUGCAGAGUGACUUUUUGGUGUGCCGCCACCAUUUCUGAUGCUAAAGUGACCAUUUAAGAAAUCGAAGAAGCUGAAAAUUGCUAUUGUUGCUGUUUUACUUAUCAUACAUGAACGAGUGAAACAAAUUUUUGCUUUUAAUAUUUAAUACGUUAUUCUUGGCAGCAGUAAUUUGCUUUCGCUGUAGCAAUCGCUUUGGGUUUUGACUAAUAUGUACACAUACAACGUAAAUGAAAAAUUUCCAGAAUUUUCCAUUUCAUGUGAUCAUGUAGUUUUGCUGUAAAGAAAUGUGGUUGUACAUUCACCCGAGAGGAACUACUGGUAUUUUGUCAUUUUUAACCUCCAGAUAUCUCCAUCUGUAUUUUGAUCUUUUAUUCAAUUCCUUCAAGAUCAGUGCAGUACUUGUAUAUUUUAAAUGUGGUUCGGUUGAACGUCAUACUGGACAAACAUACUACUCUGAAUCAGACAGCAUGACCCGCUAUGUGGUUAAAUCUGUAUUAAGUUUGGACUGCCAUCGUCAUCUAUUAAUUUUCAUCUUUGUGUGAUUUUCCUUGUGGUAUGUCUGUCUAUUGAUUUGAAUAGAAAGUGUAAAGUGUGUUGAAGAUUACGGUUACUGAUAUUGUAGAUGUCUUAUGGGUUUAAUGGAUGCGUUUUUUGGUUUUGCCAAAAGGAGUCUAGUUAAAUACACAAUUUAAUAUCAAGCGGCGCUAUUCAAGAGAGAACUACAUGAAUUCCUAUAUGAGGCACUUAAAAAAAUGACUUGAAAUGUAUUAUUGAUCAAAGAGUUUUAUAACACGACAAGUGUUAAAGAAUAUUGUCAAAUAAUGCGAAUUGUAGUUCAUGCAAUUGUACUCUCAUUUAUAACAGAACUUUGAAAGAUUGCGACAUUAGCAACUGUGCAGCAAUAUUCAGUUUAUAUGAACAUUUUCAAAAUUUGUGACGGAAUACAGUCCAGCGUGUUUUCCCACGUUUUUAUGUUUAAACAUAAAGCUAUAUUGUUCUUAUGGACCUUUAGUAUUUAUCUAAUGGAUUUGUAAUUGGUAUAAUACCAGAAAUGUACGGUAGACGUGAGAAAGGGAUUGUGUUAACCUAAGGCUAUGAACAUGGACGUAAUAUGCUGAACAUGAACAAAACGAGGCCUAACAAUUGUACUUACAGAUUAAAAUCAUGGUACUCAGUUAACCAUA